AUUCAGGCAUUUCUUUUCAACGUACCAUGGCCGUUUUUCAGGUGACUGUAGUAUCUGUGAUAUGUUUCGUGAUUUGUGAUGCUGGAAGUGUUGGACAGUACGCUCCAAAAUAUGAUAAACCCAAAGACUACAGCUUCAGUUAUGGCGUCAAAGAUCCCCAUACAGGCGACAUGAAACAACAAUGGGAGAAGAAAGAAGGAAAUACCAUCAAAGGGCAGUAUUCUCUUGUUGAAGCUGACGGUUCUGUAAGAACCGUAGACUACACAGCUGAUGCAAAGCAUGGUUUUAAUGCUGUGGUCAAGAAAAGUGGACCUUGCAUCAUAUCAUGGGUGAAAGCAAGGAAGAAGAAUCACAUCAGACUUGAAGAUACCCCUCAAGAUGUCGAAGACCCUAACCAACAAUACAUCUACGUCUACCCUGAACAACUCAAAGACCAAGAAGAAGCAACGGAAGAAUCACGAAAAGUCCCGUACAAAUCCAAACCAAAAUACAAAAAACCUAACCUCAUUGUCAAAGAGAAAUUCGAAGAUAUAUCUGUUGUUCCUGAACUGCCACUCAACAUAAACUUGUUCAACAAAAAUCGAGCUGAGACUAUGAUACCCCUUGAUAUUGAGUCAGUGAAUCCUGUUGAAAUUGAUCUGGAUCAUUAUCAAAAAACUCCUUUGCAAACAACUAGGUUAACUCCUGUUUCUUCUAAGAACGCAGUGGUGGGGAAAAAGAAAGAGGUAUCUACAGAACUUACUCAGGAAGAAUUGAAUAAAUAUUUGGCAGAAUAUUAUGCCAAUGAAGAUACAGGAAGUACAUACUCUCAGCCAUUGACAGAGACUGGUUUUAAGCCGGUUAGAACUAAGGGACUUUUAGAAAACACUACGCCAAUAAUUCCUAACACUUUUAAGUCCAAUAAAAAAGUUCAGACCAGUCCUGGACUAAGACAUUACGCUACUAAUGGGAAUUUUCAAACAUUUUUUGAAAAUAACAGUAAAGAAGAGAAUAGGAGGUACCGAAAAAAUUCGAAUCAUCAUAUUAUAAAGGGAGGAAAUAACCAGAAAGAAAAGAAAAAUAAUGUACCUAGAUUUUAUAGGGCUUUACCUAACGUGGGGUACAUGAGAUAUGGUACAAGGAUUAGACAUACUUAGGUAGUAGAUUUAAAAAAUAAUAUAUAUUUAUUUUAUGUUUUAAAGAAAAUUUUUGCUCAAAAAUAUUGAAUGAGAUAGUGAUAAAAAUGUGCAAUAAAAUCGAUAAAAAAUAAUUGACUUAAACAUUUAAGUUUAUAUUAAGAAUAUUUUUCGAAAUAAGAAAAAUGUAAAAUUAAGUCACAGUUUUACAAAUUAUUCAUAAUACUUAUUAGAGUAAUUUCGGGUAAUAUGGAAUACCAUUUUUAUUUUACCAUGUAAAUUUAUAAAUUUUAGAAAUGACAUUUUAGAAAUAAAUAGCUAGUAGCACCAUACGAUCGUAAAAAAACGGCGUCAAAGAUGGCUGGGAAUGACAAUCGAUGAUAAUUUUGGCGAGGUCAAGCCCUAUACGUUAUUUACUUGGCCCGUAAUCUUCUUUAUUACUUAAUGACGUUUACUGCCAGUUGGUCUUAAGGUCGUAAUUUAUUUGUAUUUUUAUAUUGAGUAAAAAUGAUUUUUAAAUAGUUCAGUUUAAAAUUCGAGAAAAAAUAGAGAUUCGCCCCCCAGUCGUCUUUGACGACGUUUUUUUUUCGAUCAUACGGUAUUAUCUAAAAAAGUUUCCUGUAAGAUUUAGAUAACAAAACAGAUUAUGAAGCUACAAAAGGACUACCUACUAACUUACUACUAACUGACAUAAUAUGUUGAUAGACCUUUAGACUAAAAUUUGGUUUGAAAAAAGUCAAAAUUUAUUUUAUUUUCUUAUUUAUAUUAUUUUUAUGUGAAGUUGUUAUUAGUAAGAUUAAAAUAUAAGUAUUUUUUUAGAGUUUUAUAAAGA